GAAAAUUUUCACAUUCGGCGGUGGAAGAAGUAAGAACUAAGAAGUCCGAUUCAACUCCGUCGACCCUUUUCUGAAUCCUAUUAUUUCUCUGUCCCCUUCUUCUGAUGGCGAAUCCGUACAGAUCCAGUGAAGGUCUAAGCGCGCGACCGGUAUUGACGGGUUCCGCCGACGAAGUUCAAUUGAGGAUCGACCCGGUUCACGCCGACCUCGACGAUGAAAUCCUCAGUCUUCAAAGUCAAGUUAGCCAGCUGAAAAAUGUAGCCCAAGAAAUUGAGUCGGAAGCAAAAUAUCAGAAUGACCUUGUAUCUGAUUUGCAAAGAUUGAUGAGCAAUGCUGAGGCAGGGGUGAAAAAUGGGAUGAAGAAACUGAAUAGAACAGUUGCGCAACACAAAUCAAAUCACAUACUACAAGUAAUUGUAUUUGGUCUGAUGUGUUUUGCUGUAGUCUAUCUGUGGACGAAAGUCUGGCGUAGAUAAGAUUCAUACAUGUUUUCUGUUAUGGUACUUGGCUGGUACUAUAUCAUUCCCAGUCUACUUAGAUACAUUCAUGUAGUUUGCUGCAGUCCGACAGUUGCCCUGUAAACAUAUCUGCAAGUGUUUGAAAUGUUGCUCACAGAAGAUCGACGUUUGGUCUUCAACUUACUUAUUGAUGGGAAUGGAAGGAAUUGGAG